UUUCAUCUUAUAAUGUUUACUGCUGAUCUCUUUAUUCAUGUCAAUGUGAAUAUGUGGAAUGAAACACACAGUGACUAUUUAAAAAUCCAAUUAUCAUAAGCAACUUGCAUUAUGCUGGAAACAGCCACCGACGCAAAACCGUAGACCGAAUCAGCUGAUACGACCUAUCUUAUGAGAGCGCAAUAUAAAUUAACACUCACCACCGCUUCUACAAACCGUACGGUGGGAUAUCCGCGAAAGUUGGAUUUUCCCCGUAGAAACGAGUGAGCUGAUUGCUCUCUUGCAACGCAGCAUUGCCAGUCUCGAUAUUUUGUAGUAAUAAAAAAAUAAACUUGAAUACUUUUAAAAUAUUCUUAAACUAACUCAAAAUCACAGUCGAAUACAUUUUUAGUAGUUGGAUUUUAGUUUUGAGCUUUUACAUUAUCAAAAAUUAUAACUAAAAGCCAAAUUUGUGCAAAAUCAUGUAUACAAAGUGAGCAAUGGCAACAUUGGUGAAAUAAAAACAAAAGAGAACAAUUGAUUUCUACGAUGCCACUACGGGCAAACUUGACAAAUUUCGUUUAAUCCGGGCGGUAAGUACGACAAGGCGGAACGUCGGUGACUGUUUCUAGUAUUACAAUAGAAAUACACAAGCCGCAACACUAAAUUUGGGAUCAGUUUGAAUUUUUUUAAUUAAAAUAGUUAUCUUGGUCAAUUCACAUAGGGAACAGAAAAAUAAUAUGACGAAAGCGGUUUUAAAUUUAAUACUCUUUCUACAUAAAAAAAGAAAGUUUAUAUUUUAUGUAAUGUUAACCACUUUGUAUUACUUUAAACUCUGUAACGUAAAAAAUAAAUAAUAGUUUUUUUAUACAAUUCAUCCUGUAUUUCUGUUCUUCAUUUCACUUUGUUCCUGAUGUCAAUCUUUGUUUUUCUUUUUAUUUGUUAUUGAAUAUUCAGUAAACAAGUGCGAUAUUGCGACCAAAUAUUUUGAGUUGUACUAAAAUGGCCGGAAUUAUGUCUGCAUCAGCCAGAAAGAGUGGAAAAAUAAACAAACAGAAUAAAAAUACGAACAAUGUCAUAAAAAUUCCUAAAAGUGUGUUUGAAAAAACAUUAGAAGUGAUAAAUAAUCCGCAACACACAGUAUGGGCUGACCGAAAUAAUUCUUGCGCGAAAGCUAUUCAUCGUAGCUCAGAAAAUAACAUAAGGGGAAUGCGAUCAGCAGACAUUUGCACAAAGAUGUCUUUAGCAAGAACUUGUUUACUAAAGCGGGAUGUUAAAAACCUAGCAAAGGUGCUCACUGUUACUACUCCGAGUGGCGGACGUAUAGAUGCCAGAUGGUACCCACUUUGUGUAAAGUACGGAGUGCUUUGCUUGGCACAUAAGAACCAUCCUUUAUUCAAUUUGUAUCUACAAUCAUUGGCUUCAUCGGAUAAGAGCGAAGAAAUUGUGAAAAAGUGUACACAAUAUUCUCAAAAUAAAGAAACAUGUAAUAAAUAAGACACAAACGUGCAAUUUAAA